ACCACCGCUACCGUAGGGGCCGGACCGUCGUCGUCGUCGCCGCCGCCGUCGUCGUCGUCGUCGUCGUCGGCCGACGCGAUCGGACAACGCGCCGUUAUGCGGUUACGUUAGUUGUCGAAAAAAAUCAUAUCGUUGUAAUAUACUACGUACGAGCGACGUGCAGACCAGUACCGCUCGCCGCUCGGCGUACUUGACAGCGCAUGUCUGCAAGCGUGCUUGAUGCUUUUAAAAGUUAUUCGCAUAGUUUGAGAGCUCGCGCGCUUUUUUCAUUUAAAUAUAAUAUUAUUAUAAUCGACUGCAAUUGCUUUAUAUUACUAUCGUAUACUUAAUAACGCGUUAUAAUYUAGUAUUAUAUCACACGUCGUCGUUUACGUUGUCACUAUCAUCAUCUUUUCGACAAGACACCUGCCACCUUUAACACCAUACGGACGACACACGACGACGGACGUUGUACAAUUUCGUUAGCCGGACUUYCCGCAGUCCACAGUUUUCAUGGCUGAUGUGGCCGAUCCCGAGUACUGGGUGUUUGGAUAUGGAUCGUUGUGCUGGAAUCCGGGUUUUGAAUUCAAGGAUUCAAUGGUCGGUUACGUGAAGGGUUUCUCCAGGAAGUUCUGGCAGGGCAACAUUGCGCACCGAGGGACAAAGGAUAAGCCUGGACGUGUGGCCACAUUAGUUGAAGACCCUCAGGGUUUCGUAUGGGGCAAGGCGUUCCUGUUGCCGGACGAGACUGCGUUCAGGUACUUGGAGAUGCGGGAGGUGUACCUGGGCGGUUACGAGGUGCACAAAGUAGACGUGCAGUCGGACGACACGGACGAUUGCUGUGGGCGGACCGUGAACGCGACCGUUUAUGUGGCCACGCCGGACAACGGCCAGUGGCUGGGCGAAGCGCCAGUCGACGAGCUGGCCACUCAGGUGGCCACGUGUGCGGGCCCGGCUGGCCACAAUGCUGAGUACGUGAUUCUGUUGGCGCGGUGGGAGCGGCAGAAUGCGCCCGUGCACCGCGUCGACGUGGAGCUCAGCAAGCUCGAGCUGCUCGUGCUGGAACGGUUACAGUCCAUCGGCGUGCGGCCCGACGACGUGCUUACCACCAACAACAUGCGGUCGUUCUCGUCCAUGGUGCCCGAAAAGAAGUUAAGGUGUUUGAACAUCUGACCCACAUUAUACGUUAUA